GUUGCAAUUCCUCCUCUUCGACAGUUUUAAAUCCACUAAUCUAAAAACAAAAUCCAAACUUGCCGUGUACUUUGAAAAAUUAAAUUUUUCCAGUUCAGAAGACGUCUCUCUUUGAGGUAUUCGAUGUUAUAAGAUGAUUGAUAAAGAGUUGCAAACGUAUCGCGCGUAUCAGCGUUACCUUCGGACUCUGCUCACUAUCUGUGGCUGUUGGUACAUGCCCACAAAAUCCGGCAAGUGCAUGCAUUUCUGGGGAGUUGGUGUGCUCUUGGUGAUAAUCUCUUAUGCGAUUCUGAAUUUGCAUAUGUGCUAUAUCCACAGACAUAAUUUGACAAUUAUGAUGAAAUGUGUCGGCGUAACAAUAACUUCAUUUAGCGCCAUUCUCAAGAUUGGAACUUUCCUACACAAUCGGGAGUCUCUGAUAAAUUAUCACCGGACGCUAAAUGAUAUUUUCGAGGAGGAACUUCUACGGGAUGAGAAAAUCCGAACGAUAAUGUUUUCAUCCCUGCCCACAAUAUACACCCUGACAUACACAUAUUCUGCCAUUGUGAUAACAGUGUUGUUGGCGUAUUUUAUACCUCCUUAUUUAGCCAUAAUCCAUGGCCUCUGUCUUUCCCAAUCAACUACGGAAUACAGCCUACCAAUCACUAAAGGAUACGGAUACUUCUGGACCGUUCCGCACAACUAUUUGUAUCAUUUUCAUCUGCUUUUCGAGACGGGCGGAGUGUCAAUCAACAGCAUCACAGCUUGCGGCAUUGACAGCAUCUUUGGCUUCUAUGUCUACCAGUUCGCUUCAAUAAUGCACGCCAUGACCUUUAGGCUCACGAAUUCUUUGCCCACCGAGAGCUUCUCAGACGUCCUAAAGUUAUGCGUGGCAAAACACCAGAAACUACUGCCAUGCCGCCAUACGUUGGAGCACAUCUACGGACCCAUUGUCUUUUGGCACAUUGUCACCAACGCCGUGCUUCUUUGCGCAUUGAUAUACGAUGCGAUGUCAUUUUCGGACUUUAAUAUUUUCAACAUAGGCGUAUCUGUGACUUACGCUACAAUAAAAUUGCUCCAAACGUUUACGUAUGCAUGGUAUGGAACACUCCUCACAAAUGCGAGCGAAGACUUUCGUAAAGGAAUAUAUUUUGGCGAGUGGCCUAAUUCUAAUCUGGAUCAUCAUGUGAGAACGAACGUCAUUCUAAUGAUGAUGCAAAAACCAAUGACGAUAAACGCAUUUUUCUCUCUCGUUGACAUGAACAUGUUCACCAAUUUCGUUAAUACUACAGUGUCCUAUUUCUUCCUGUUGCAAUCUAUCAGUGAUAAAGGCAAAUAAUGAUAAAUGCUACGUAUGUUUUGUAUGGCAAACUUGUAAAAUUAUUACGCUGUUAACAAAUUAUUAUAAUUAAGAAAAUACAAUCAAUUCAUUGCUAAUAUUAUUAACAGCUCUUAUUAUUCCACUAUUAACGCUCAAUUUAUAUUAAAAUAAUAACAUAUUAUAACUUCACUAUAGUCGUUGUAUUUCACCUUGU